AUGAACUGUGAAGGAAUAAAAGUGGAUCUUGGCUCACGCAACAUGAAAACAUUACAGUGGUGGAAGGAAAGAUUAUACUUGAAAGAAUGGACUAGGUGUGAAUUAGAGAUCAAGGGCAGAGUAGACUUCGUUUUCUCGUUAUACGGAAAGGGCAGAGUAGACUUCGUUUUCUCGUUAUACGGAAAGGGCAGAGUAGACUUCGUUUUCUCGUUAUACGGAAAGGCCAGAGUAGACUUCGUUUUCUCGUUAUACGGAAAGGCCAGAGUAGACUUCGUUUUCUCGUUAUACGGAAAGUGGAUACAUCUUUCAGACAUCGACGAAUGCACGCUGGGUACACAUCAAUGUGAUCAAAAUGCAGCAUGCAGCAACAAUAUUGGGGCCUAUACAUGUACUUGUAAUCCUGGCUUUAAUGGCAAUGGCGUUGUAUGCUCAAGCCCAGCACGUUUUGAAACCCACCCGAUCUCGGCUGAAGUUUCAAAUUAUUCCCAAGUGCAUUUGUCAUGCUCUUAUAACAACUACACUGCAGUGAGCUUUCAUUGGAAGAAAGAUGACAGUGUUCUUGAUAUCUCGAUAAUUACAAAUAGUACGGCUACAACAGAGAGCUCCAGUGGUACUGGGAUCUUCAGUGGCAGCACAAAUAUGACACACAGACUUAGUUUUCGAAUCCUUCGCGCAGAAGAGCAAGGUUUUUAUUGGUGCAGUGUUUUGGAUUCAUUUAAUCGCAUUGUGGAUUCUAUUAAAGCGAAUAUUAGGCUUACAGAUGUUUCUUCAACAAUGCUUUCCUUGAAAGUUGAGCAGCCAUUCUCAUCUUUGUUACUUGAUCGCACAACUGACGAAUAUGUUUGGUUUGAAGGAAAUGUUACCACUGCAGUAAAAACUGCUUUCUCUAAAAAAGGCCUUACGGAUCAGAGCAAAAUUGUGCUUCAAAACAUAAGACAAGGCAGUGUUUUGGUAGAUGUAUUCGUCUAUUACUCUAACAUCGACACAGUAAAAAGGACAAAUGUUUGUGGCAAAUCAAUUCAAUUGGUUCCAGCUGAUUUUUCGACGUCAACCUUUGUUGUUUCAACUUCCUCUGUCACUAGCUAUGAUUGCUGUUUUGCGGAAUCUACGGGUGAUGCUGAAAUCAAAGGUGUCAUUAGCUGGCCUGACACUGCUUAUGGACACACUGCUAAUUUAACCUGUCCUUAUAACAGAAACAUUCUCUAUACGGCGACUCGAAUCUGCAAGGGGUUUGGACUUUCUAAGCCUCCUCAAUGGCAAACACCAAACAAUGAUCAGUGCCCGUAUAAAACGAAAACCACUCAACAGUUAUCUGAACUGGCCCAGGGUGCCAUCAAUGUUACAAAUGUGGUGGAAACUGCAGCAAAGUUAAACAAUCUUACUAAAAGUCCUGAGCUUCUUACCAACAAUUUGGAUGUCAAAUUUUCUGUUGAAACAGUCAACAAAAUAGUUGAUUCACAACAAAGUUUAGAUCAAAUUAUAGAAGAUGUGAUCAACGUUACCAAUAAUCUGAUGGAUGCACAAGAAAGCAUAAUUGUUGAUUCGCAACAGAAACACGGAACUUCUGAACAGCUCCUGAAUGCUGUUCAGAAACUUGCUGACGAGAUCCCCCUAGCAAAUAAAACAAAGUCGUUCACAGCAUCAAAGAAAAACAUUGCACUCGGCAUAGUUGUUGUAGAUACAACACUAGCAGAUGGCUUUUCAAUUCAAGGAUACAUAUCUACAUCUGGAUACAACAAUGUUACUUUGCGGCAGUCUUCGCAGCCAACCUAUCAAUCAAACUCAGUCGCUAACAUUUUCCUCCCAGCCUCUCUUCUACGUGCUAACAGUGGCAGCCAAACUCGAGUAUCCUCGUUUCUCUACGACAAUUUCAAGCUAUUUGUUACAUCUCUCAACCAGUCAGCAACGAAAGUGAUUGACAGUAAAGUGAUGUCUACGUCAAUCAAAGGGAAAAGUGUGCAAAAUCUGAACGAGAGCGAAGAAGUGCAAAGCUACUUUCAGCCCCUCAACCAAAGCUUAACGGGAUCUGUUAGUUGUGUUUAUUGGAAUUUUACACGCUCAGAAUGGGCAAGUAAUGGAUGCAGAUUUGUCGGGGAGGUAGACGGUUUUCGAAGAUGUCGAUGUAACCAUCUCACAAACUUUGCAAUUCUGAUGAACGUUGUUGGUGGGAGAAUCACAGAACAAGAGAAACUAGCCCUAAGUUAUAUCACGUACAUUGGCUGUGGGAUUUCCCUGUUUCUGCUCUUCGUUAUGGUGGUCACGUUUCUUGUGUUCAGGAAACAAUUGCUCAAAACCUCUCCUGCUCGAAUCCACCUUUGUCUCGCAAUUUCUAUCAUUGGCUCUUUGAUAUUUCUGCUGUUGGGAAUGCAAGCUUCAAAUAAAGAACAGUGUCAAGCAAGCGCCGUCCUCGUUCAUUACUUUGUGCUGUCCUCCUUUCUAUGGAUGGCAUCUGAAGCGUACAACCUUUAUCAACACUUUAUUAAAGUAUUCAAUAUAUAUCGUCAUCACAUGGUAAGAAGAAUGUGCCUGAUUAGUUGGGGUGUUCCAUUGGUCGUGGUAGGAAUCACUGCAGGUGCUACCAAACUAGAAGAUUAUACUUUCAAAAAUGGAUCUGAAUGGAUAUGCAUGGUUAGAAACACGCCGUUCUAUGUUGCGUAUCUUGCACCAAUCUUACUUGUCAUCAUUUGCAACCUCGUUGUGAUGUGUUUAAGUUUCAAAAAAAUCUUCAGAAAGUCAGAGGUAUCAUCGAAGCAACAGUUGGCUGCAGGAAAAAAAUUGCGAAUCGUCUUAACCUGUAGUGUCCUAAUGGGAACAACAUGGGUACUGGGAGUUUUUGCAUUUGGAGAGUUAACAUUUACUUUCCAGCUCCUUUUUACGAUUUUCAAUUCACUCCAAGGAACUUUCAUUUUCGUAUUCUACUGUCUAUUGAACAAAGACGCCCAAAACGAGUGGAAGCGUGUUUUCGGGUGUGCAGAGCGGACUUACAUCACCUCAAGUGGAGUGGUUUCAUCAGGGGGACACGUAAGGAAAAAGUCAGAAAAAAGGGCUCGAAAGGAGAAAAUUAAAGAUUCUGAUAAUGCUGACGACACGGUUAAAGGGUCGACGCAAGUAACGGAGUUGAGCAAAGGCAAAGAUGUAAUUUUCAGUAAUGUUUUUCAGAGUACGCCAUCAACUGAUGACUUACAUGUUGACGAUUCCAUUAAAAGUCCUAAAGAAGACAAGCCACGUGAAAUUACAGAUUCACAGGGAGAUGAGGUUGACUCGACUGUUUUUUAUCACAUGAGUCUUGAAAAGCCUAGUGCAUCCCCAGCAAAGGCUGCUAGUACUUUGGCUGUUGAAUCUGAGGAGAAGAACAUCCCGAUUAGAAGCACAGUUGGGCCUGACAAUGAAGAAGAAGAUAUAGUCGUUGCAUGUCGAAUGGAUAGUGAAGAUGAGGAGAAUGUAAUAGAUAACGAAACAGUCAGUGAUCUGGACAUAGCCGUUGAAGUUACUUUCGACAAUGAGAGCCAUAUAAGUGAGGUCGCUGAGGAUGAUCUACAAGAAAUAUAUGUCCAGGAUGAUCUGCAACAAGGACUGUUCUUUGGCAAGGAAUUCUUUGAUAACAACGAAGAUACAGAUGAAAAAGAAGACAAUCAUCGUGAAUCUACUGUUGAAAAAGACUCUGAAGAUGAUUCUCAAGAAGAAAAGAUGAAAGAGGACAAUGGUCAACAUGAAGCAAAGAAGCAAGACGUGGCGGACAGAGCAUCUUCUCUGAAAGAACCCACAUCUCCAGGAAAUUCCAUGUUCUUUCGCAGCAACUGGAGCUAUAAAUAUUAGAAUUUUUUAAUUAAAUGUGCAGGGCAGUGCAAUUAAAUCAAUUAUGUAAUCAUCAAAUUAAUUAGAUUUAUUUUUCAAUACAAUGAGUAGGACUUUUUGCAAUUAUCAUAUUCAGCCUUGAUGAAUUAUAGUAUACAUAACGAAAAUAUUGUUAGUGCCAUGGUGUAAAUUCGGCUUCAAUGUAGAAAUAUUUAUACUUUAUGAAACUUUUUAAAA